CUUUCAGGCCUCCCUCAUCUCUUAUGCUUCUCUCUGAUCGUCUCUUUUUGUUCUUCUUCUUCUUCUGAUUCUGCUAGGGUUUCUGAGAUUUUCCAUUUCUCAUACGUUGCUACGAUGAAAACAACAAAGGGGAAAGAUCUUAAGGCCAAAAAGGAGUCCUUGAAGCCAGCCGAUGACAGAAAGAGGAAGGCACCGGCUGAGAAGGCUAGCAAACGAGAGACUCGUAAAGAGAAGAAGGCUAAAAAGGACCCAAACAAACCUAAAAGAGCUCCUAGUGCUUUCUUUGUCUUUCUAGAAGAUUUUAGGGUAACAUUCAAGAAAGAAAAUCCAAAUGUGAAGGCCGUCUCUGCAGUUGGGAAAGCUGGAGGGCAGAAAUGGAAGUCAAUGUCUCAAGCUGAAAAAGCUCCAUAUGAAGAGAACGCUGCAAAGAGGAAAGCUGAAUAUGAGAAGCAAAUGGAUGCGUACAACAAAAACAUGGAGGAAGGGAGUGAUGAAUCUGAAAAGUCUAGAUCUGAGGUGAAUGAUGAAGAUGAAGCCAGUGGGGAGGAAGAGCAACUAGAGAAAGAAGUGGUAGGUGAUGAUGAAGAAGAAGAGGAAGAAGAUGAUGAUGAGGAUGAUGACGACGAGGAGGAGGAAGAAGACUAAAUCGGGGAUGAAAAUCAGAUUUUGUAUCUCAAACUUAACCGCAGGUCCGUAAGCAGAAGUAAGUACUCUGUAAUUUGUGUGUCGAGAACAAUAGAUCUAAAAUCGUGUGUUUUUUAUUUUCCUUUUCCUAAGAAAGCGAAACAGUUGUUGGCAUCUCUCCGGAUGUUUUUUGUUUCAGCUUUUUUCCACAACAAACAAUGUAACAGUGUCUGCUUUAGUGAUCAUCACCCCCAAGUCAAAACAUA